GUGGCUUUACCUGUUUUGACAGGAGAUAAACAACAAAACGCGUCUCGUCUUCAUGCUCAUUUUUAAUAUCCAAAAUUACAACCUGGAGACGUCGGAAUCUCGUCUUGUUCUUGUCACUUGUGAAAAAUGAAAAUCUUAAUGCUUAAACAGCGAAAGGGAAUUGCGUUUUACUACUCGUGAAAUGGAAUCGGGAGACGGCGAGGAGCCGAUGAUUCUGGACGAUGAAGACGUCGUUCACGAGCCCAUACCUGUGCGGAAAAUUCCAUCGCAGAAUGUGGUGCUGCGGUUGCUUCAUCGAGAGGUCCACGGACGAAGCAUUCAGUCCCGCAGGUGCCCUCAAAAUCAGACGCGCGAAUUCUACCAAAGCGUAUUUCCAAACCUGACCCUGAUCAACGUCGACACACCGCCUGUGUUCCUGCGAAAAUUCAAUCCCAACGGCAGUCACCUUCUGGCAUUCUCCUCUGACCAGACCAGCAUCGAAAUUUACAAAUACCUGGGCCCCAGCGCUGGUGGAACGUCCCUUCAAAGCUAUGACGGCGACUGCGUGGACUUUGCAGAAUUCAACCGCAACCAGAACCGAGUGAAUAUCUUUGAGCUCUACUUCAAGCGGAAGUGGAUGGUAAAUUUGGCCCAAAGCGGAGAGCAGCUUAACCGAGAGUGCAGUUUGUUCACCGAUGACUCAAAAUACGUGAUCGUUAGUUCCUCCAUGUUCGUCGAUGGCAACAACGGUGACCAGAGCAACUUCUUCGACAUCUACUCAAACAACGAGGCGGUGACGCCGAACAGCAGCUUCCGGCUUGAGGACUACACCAUUUACCUGGUGGACAUUUACAACGGCCGCUUAUGUGAUACAAUCAACUUGAAGACUGACAAAAUUUGCUUAUCCCACAACCAAGGCAUCUACCUUUUAAAUGACACCCUGGCCGUCCUCUCCAUACAGCAUCAGACAAUCCACAUCUUUAAACUUGUCGAUGGCAAAUUCCAGCAGAUGCAAAAAAUAGGCCGCUUUUGCUUUCCCGGGGACGAGGAGCAAUUGGCCGACGUCCUGCCUGUGUCCGUGCCCUCGUACAGGGAAGCCACCAUAAAUGCUCUGAAGCAUCGACUGCUGACCUUUUUGUACUUUCGAGCCAUCAACGUUUCUCGGCAGACGGGAACUCCGUACGAGCUGCGGAUGUUCUACCAGUACUUCGACCACAUCAGGACUCUCAAACUGUGGAAGAUGCAGCUGCUGGACGAAGACCAUCUGCUGCUCAAGUACGCUGUGGAGAAUGUGGUGACCCUGAAAACGCCUGAACCAAACAGUGCCACCUCGUUCUUUGUGGUUUACAACAUUCCAGAGGCCACGGUCCUGGCUGUUUUUGAAAAUAGCGCCGAGGAAAUGCUAACUCUGUUGGAAAAUUUCUGUGACUAUUUUAGGAAUACGAAGCUGCACAAACAGUUUGCCUGUUCUCCAUCGAAUAAUAUUCAUGCCAGACACCUAAUGCAGCGAUUAAAGCAAACAAUCGUGAGUGCAAGAUUUGGUGGGCCCACUGAAGCAAUCAAGCGGCUACUCUGUCAGCUUCCGAUCAGCGCCCAGUCAUUUACAAGUUCUCCGUAUCUGGAUUUCUCUCUCUUCAGCUAUGAUGAGAAGCGUGUUUCAAUGAUUGAGCGUCCCAAGUGUUGUGGAGAGUAUGCUAUCAGAUUUUACGGGAGAAAUUCUGGGCUGCUCAAGUUUCGAAUGCAUGCUGGAAUCAUGAACUCCAAUAUGGGAGCGCCUCGUGUGUCAAGGAGACUGGUUGCCUACAUUUUCCACCCUACUGAUCCCUUUGCAAUCAGCGUACAACGAGCUAACAAUGCUGAAUAUAUCGUCAGUCUGCACGUCAGGCACAGUAGCCAAGUUUGAAUUGGAUCUCCAGUGCCAUCAGCAUAAUUGUUAAUUACCUUUUUAAAGAUUUAAUUAUUUUUCCACGAGUGCAAAGAACUCGGAUGUAAUAUUUUAGACUCAUAUUGAGCCAUUCAAUAAGAAAUCAUAAGAAAAGAAGUUAACUCAAUCCUUGAAUUUUUCUUACAUAUGUGAAGUUAUUGUUCAAUGAAUAAAUGCUCUUAGGUGAAUAUAAAAUUUAUAAAUUUAUC